UAGUGUAACAUUCGGAGUGUGAUUAUAGGAUAUCUGAGCAUGUGUUGUUUCUGGGACUGGGCUCAUGAUGGACAGUGUAAUAUUCGAAGUGUGAGUAUGGGGAUAUCUGAGGCUGUGUUGUUACUGGGACUUGGCUGGUGAGGGACUGUGUAUUAUUUGGAGUGUGGCAAUGAGGAUAUCUGAGGUUGUGUUGUGACUGGGACUGGGCUGGUGAGGGACAGUGUUAUGUUCGGAGUGUGAGUAACGAGGAUAUCUGAGGUUUGUUGUGGCUGGGACUGGGCUGGCAAGGGACAGUGUAAUAUUAGGAGUGUGACUAUGAGGAUACCUAAGGUUGUUUUGUCACUGUGACUUGGCUGGUGAGGGGACAGUGUAACAUUCGGAGUGUGAUAAUGAGGAUAUCUGAGCAUGUGUUGUUUUUGGGACUGGGCUCAUGAGGGACAGUGUAAUAUUCGAAGUGUGACUAUGAGGAUAUCUGAGGCUGUGUUGUUACUGGGACUGGGCUGGUGAGGGGACACUGUAAUAUUCGAAGUAUGAGUAUGAGGAUAUCUGAGGCUGUGUUGUUACUGGGACUGGGCUGGUGAGGGGACAGUGUAAUAUUCGGAGUAUGAGGAAGUGAGACAGCGCUUGAGCAGAGCAGCAGGAAACUGGGAGCGGUGCUGACCUGGGGCUUGAAUCUGACCGUGCUCCGGGGGUGAGCCGGACUCCGAGCUGAGCCUUGAAGGGGCUGACCGGGUUGGAUUCGGGGAUCCGAAGCGGCUGGAGCGGAUUGUGGGUGUGAGGGCGGUACCCGAGGCUGUGAUGCCCAGGAGAGGACGGCAGCACUGACUCAGGAAACCAUGUCCGCGGCGGCAGCGGCAGCAGGAAACAAGGCCAGAUCUGAGGUGACAAUUCUUUCUGGAGAGGAUGCGAAUGAGUGGAGUGUUUACCUGGACAGUUUGCUCGCAUCAACCUUUAACGUUCUGCCCUACACAGUAAGCAAGAACACUUUGUUUUCAAACCGGGAUUACAGUCAGUUUAGGAGAUGUAAGUGUCUCUUGGUUCUACUAUCACCGCAGCUUGUGGAGUUGUUGGCACUACCCCAGGUAGAGCAGGGGCUGCAGAGGGCACUGUACCCCGGACACAAAGUCGUCCUGCUGUUUUGUGGAGUGACAGAAACGACAGAACUACAGAACUUGUUCAGAGACUGGAAGAACUGGAAACAAGUAUCAUGUGACGAUGAGCCAACUGUUUUCAUCUCCGCUGUGGAAGAGGCCAUCAAUGAGAGUUAUGGCAGAGACUCGGGCUGCGACACAACAGAAUCUGAAUUGCAAGCUGAACCUCAAGCCAAAGUGCGGAGUAAUGUAGCAAAAUCCACUGUGCAACUGUGUUCCCAAACUUUCAGAGACCCCCAAGAAAACACCGUGAAAGUUCUACCAGAUAGGAUCCCAUGCGGGACCCCACAGCAGAUUUUUGUUAUUCUGAAGGUCAAACUGGACACCAAAGUCAAAUGUGAAAUUGACUUUACGUUCGGUGUGAAGGCUGCUGUUCGUGUUCCAGCCAUGUUUGUCAAUGAGUACAUGCUAUCUGCUCAAGCGCCAGACAUGCCUUCAGGAUUGAUUACACUCACUAUAUACUCAGGGGAUUUGAAAGUAAGCUCAGCAACUCUAGUUUAUUACACUGACAUGGAAGAAAUUGAAAACCUUCUGAGGAAUGCUGUCAAUCCUGUGGAAUUUAUGUGCCAGGCUUUCCAUAUUGUACCGUAUAACAGAGAAACACUGGACAAACUACUGACAGAGUCACUGAGGAGAAACAUGCCAUCUAAUGGACUGCAUAUAUUUGGAAUUAACCAGUUAGAAGAGGAUGAUCUAUCAACGACUCAACGAGAUGAAGAGCUCCCGACCCUGCUUCACUUUGCAGCCAUGUAUGGUUUGAAGAACCUGACUGCCCUACUUCUGCAGUGUCCAGGGGCGUUGCAGGCUUACAGUGUGGCCAACAGACAUGGGGAUUAUCCAAACAACAUGGCAGAGAAGAAUGGAUUCAGAGACCUCCGGCAAUUCAUGGAUGAGUAUGUGGAGACAGCUGACAUGUUGAAGACUCACCUCAAAGAGGAGCUGUGCGGUGACAUUGAAGGGGAAAGGGACGAAGACCUGUAUGAGUCCAUGGCAAUUGUGUCGAAAGACAUCCUGAUGAAAUGCACCUUAAACCCUGGCUGCGAUGAGGACAUUUACGAGUCAAUGAUGGAAAUACUGCCUCCGUCAGGGGUUAUGGACAGCACCUAUGAGCCAAUGUCAAACCUGAUGGGAGCAGCCCAUGUAUCUACUCGAGUUCCAGAUACUUUUGGCUCCACGACUGAUUGCAUACUGAGGAAAUUCCUGCAAGGGAAUAAUGACAAGUCUGUGGACUGUGAUGGCCCUGGUGAAAUGGAAGAGGCAGGUGUAUACGAUACCAUGCCAGAUGAUGACAAUCGUCAAGAGAUUAUGAGCAGACCUCCACUCCCUGUCCCUCGUCUACACACUGUUCCCGAUGUCGAUGACAUGAAGCCCUACAUUUCUAAAGUGUUCUGCAAUAAAGAGGAGAAGAGACCAGAGAACCUUUACGUUACAGCAUUGCGUAGUACUGCAGAUGGAUCCUCUGGCCCAGCAAUUCCGCCACGCACCAAGCAGCCACUGUCUCGAGCUCCAUCCAGCGACUAUGACCCAUUUGCGGGGAUGAAGACGCCUGGGCAGCGCCAGCUCAUCACCUUGCAGGAACAAGUAAAGUUAGGCAUGAUCAAUGUGGAUGAGGCUCUCUUGCAGUUUAAGGAGUGGCAACUGAACCAGAAACGCAGAUCUGAGUCAUUCCGGUUCCAGCAGGAAAACCUGAAGAAACUGCGGGACAGUAUCACACGGAGACAGAACAUCAAAGGGAAAUCCAGCAAGCAUCAAGAGUUGGAGAUCACACUUCCUGCUCGAUCAAAUGACCAAAUUCCAGAGAAUGCAGAGUAUGGAGUUUAUGAAGAGAAUUGCAGAUUCAUUCCGCCUUGCACAUCACGAGAAGGGAUACAGCGGGGGAUGUGGAAAACAGGAAGCACAUCUAGCACAGCAAGUAGCCUCAGCAGUCGGUCAAGUACACGGAGCAUUCUGAGUUUAAGCAGUGGAGCAGAGGGGGAUAAUGAGGACAAUGAGGCAGUGGACUGUGGGCCUGUGAGCAGGCCUUUGAGCCGACACCGCCCACCCAGUUUACCACCUCCUCGAAUCCCACCCCGCAUACCCGCCAGAAACCCACCCCAGCCUCUGGCGAAGGUCACUCCUGCUCCACCUGUGCCACCUAGAGGUCGAUAGUCACGUUUCAGGCUCUGGGGAAAAGCUGCUCCACUUUCAAUAAUGCACCAUUUUAACAGAACCUUUCAACUGUUUGGAGACCAGAGACACUGUUAAAUUCCAAGUACAGCUUUUAAGCUCAAUGUCUGCUGCAGUUUUUUUUGUUUCUUUUUUAUGGUACAUUCGAGUGUGGGUUUGCCAUUAA